AUGCCUCGCCUCUUACUGAUGCUGCUGGUGCUUUUGCCUCUCGGGAAGGCUGUGUGGCACAAGGAUGGCUCCCAGAGUCAGAGUCCUGUUUCCUUUGUGCUUCUAGAAAGGAAUCGUAGACAGCUCCCCACAAGCAACCACGAGGAAGCUGAGGAGAAGCCAGAUCUAUUUGUUGCAAUGCCACACCUGUUAGGUGAAGGUCCUGUUGGGAAAGGUCAGAGGCAGAGAGAGAAGAUGCUGUCCAGGUUUGGAAGAUUCUGGAAGAAGCCCAAGAGAGAACUCUACCUACCUUGGGACUCGGACAGUCAGCACAUCCCUUCUAGGACCCAGCCCCUCACUCAGCCAAAGGAUGGGAGGCAAAUGGAGAAAUCUCCUUUGAGGGAAGAAGCCAAGAAAUUUUGGCACCACUUCAUGUUCAGAAUGAGUCCAGGUUCUCAAGGAGUCAUCUUACCCAUCAAAAGCCAUGAAGUACAUCGAGAGACCUGUAGGACAGUACCCUUCAGCCAGAUGAUCACCCAUGAAGACUGUGAGACAGUAGUUGUACAGAACAACCUUUGCUUUGGGAAAUGUGGGUCUGCUAGUUUUCCUGGAGCUGUGCAGCAACCCCCUACCUUCUGCUCCCACUGCUCACCUGCCAAAUUCACCAUGAUGCACUUGUCACUGAACUGCACUGACCUUGCCUCCGUGGUCAAGGUGGUGAUGAUGGUGGAGGAGUGCCAGUGCAAGGUGAAGACAGAGCACAAGCAUGGGCACCUCCGGGCCGGCUCCCAAGCAGAACUUCAUGCCCAGGAUCCUUUUAUCCCAGGUUUUUCAACUUAA